UAUCUUUAUUCUUAAGGCGUCUUUAGAUGGAAGCGUUUAGCGUCAAGCGUCGAGCGUCAAAAACACGUGCGCAGCACCCUUGCGCAUAAUUCUGAACAGGCAGAUUCCAGCAUCUUGACGCUAAAACCGCUAAAACAAUGUCUAGUAACAAAAUUUUAAUAAAUACGGUAGAGAUGAUUUACUGACUGCUCCAGCGUUUCAACAAAUCACUAGGCACACUGCGCAUGUCAUACUUUUUGACGCUUUAACGCUCGACGCUAAAACGCUCCUAUGUAAAGGCACCUUUAAGUCACAUGUUUUUUGAUGCUGGAAAAUGAAAUGAGCGUCGAGUGUCAAGUGAAAACCUACCCUAACGUUACAUCGAAUUUCUUGUUAUUUUCAUGAACAAUGUCACGCGGCAGAAAAAAAUAGCAUUUACGGGCACAACGAUUUUUAAUCAAGUGCCAUUUCUGAUAAAUAGAAGACCGUGGAAUAAGCUUAUCAUCGUUCGUUUCAGCAAUGUCGAUUGAGCGUGCUGAUAAUGCGAGCUGUGUUCCGGUUAUUUAAAUAAUUUUUUCAGUCGUAAUUUUUUUUUCGAAAUGUCGAGACUCGUUGCUGAAAAAUUGGCACUUGUUACCGGUGCUGGAAGCGGUAUCGGAAGGGAAGUAUGUCGAGUUUUGGCUCGCGAAGGCGCUAAUGUUAUCGCAGCCGAUCAGAAUAUCAAAACUGUUCAGGAAACUGUUGCUACUUUAGAAGGUGCUGAACAUAUUGCAUUGAAUAUUAAUGUUGGUGACCGAAACAGUGUCGAAACAGCAUUUAAAGAUGUUGUAAAGCAAUUUUCAAAGCCACCUACCAUUAUUGUUAAUUCAGCAGGUGUCGCACGAGCUAACUUUUUAACGAAGCUCAGUGACAGUGACUUUGAUGAUGUCAUCAAUGUCAAUUUAAAAGGUACUUUUCUAAUCAUGCAAAUUGCUGUUAAAGCAAUGAUAGAGGCAAAUACAACCAAAGAUUCUUCAAUUAUCAAUAUAAGUUCAAUUAUUGGUACACGUGGAAACAUUGGACAAAGUAAUUAUAGCGCAUCAAAAGCUGGAGUAAUAGCUAUGACAAAAAGCGCUUCAUUAGAAUUUGGACAAUUCGGAAUUCGGGUAAACACAGUAUUACCUGGUUUUAUAGAGACUCCUAUGACUGCAAUUGUACCUGACAAAGUUAAGGAAAUGUUUAUGAAAAGAAUACCACUGCAAAGAUUUGGAAAGCCUCAAGAAAUAGCAGAAGUUAUCGUGUUUUUAGCUUCUAAUAGGAGUUCUUACAUAAAUGGAACCUCUAUUGAAAUUACUGGAGGACUAAAUUAAGUUUUACUAUUCAAUCAUACAUGUACACAUUAGGUGUACCAUAUAAAUAGGCUAUUAAUCAAAUA